GCGCGCUGAAAGCCUAUUGGCUGGUGUGUCCGGCCCCCGCCCAGCCCCUCCCCUUGUAGAGCGCCGGUCGUCACGCGCGGGAUACAGUGCUGGAGGCCAUCAUGAGGAAGCCACAAGCAGCUGUGGGAAGUGGUCGCAAGAAGCAGGCAGCCAGCCAGAAGGGAAGGGAGCAACGUUCCCUCAGAAGCAGCCAGGCUAAGCCGCCUGCUCCCGAUGGCCUGGCUGGACAGCAGGAAGAGGAAGUAUCACAGACCCCCAUAUCCCCAUACCAUCUAUUCAGAGACAAAGCUGAAGUCAUAGCCUUCCGGAGAAGCCUGCUGAGCUGGUAUGACCGGGAGAAGCGGGACCUCCCCUGGAGAAGACGAGCAGAGGAUGAAGUGGACCUGGACACGCGGGCAUAUGCUGUGUGGGUGUCAGAGGUUAUGCUGCAGCAGACCCAGGUUGCCACAGUGAUCAACUACUAUACCCGAUGGAUGCAGAAGUGGCCAACACUGCAGGACCUAGCCAGGGCUUCCCUGGAGGAGGUGAACCAGCUCUGGGCUGGCUUGGGCUACUAUGCUCGAGGCCGUCGGCUACAAGAAGGAGCUCAAAAGGUGGUGGAAGAGCUAGGGGGCCACAUGCCAUGUACAGCAGAGACCCUGCAGAAGCUCCUGCCUGGUGUGGGGCGGUACACAGCUGGGGCCAUUGCUUCUAUUGCCUUUGGCCAGGCAGCUGGUGUGGUGGAUGGGAAUAUAGUACGGGUGCUCUGCCGUGUCCGAGCCAUUGGCGCUGAUCCCAGCAGCACCCUUGUCUCUCAACAGCUCUGGAGCCUAGCCCAGCAGCUGGUGGACCCAGCCCGGCCAGGGGACUUUAAUCAAGCAGCCAUGGAACUGGGAGCCACAGUGUGCACCCCACAGCACCCUCUCUGCAGCAGCUGCCCUGUGCAGAGUUUGUGCCGGGCACACCAGAGGGUGAUGCAAGAGCAGCUCUCAGCCUCACAGAGCCCGCCAGGCAUUCCUGACAUGGAGGAGUGUGCUCCCAGCACUGGACAGUGCCAGCUGUGCCUGCCUCACACAGAACCCUGGAACCAUACCCUGGGGGUGACCAACUAUCCCCGAAAGCCCAGCCGAAGGCCUCCCAGGGAGGAGCACUCUGCCACCUGCGUUCUGGAACAGCCCAGAGCCCCUGGGGGUGCCCGAGUUCUGCUGGUGCAGAGGCCCAGCUCAGGUCUGCUGGCAGGACUGUGGGAAUUCCCAACCGUGACCCUGGAGCCCUCGGGACAGCAUCCCAGCAAGGCCCUGCUGCAGGAACUACAGAAUUGGGCCGGGCCCCUCCCAGCCACCCAGCUCCAGCACCUUGGGGAAGUUGUCCACACCUUCUCUCACAUCAAGCUGACCUAUCAAGUAUAUGGCCUGGCCCUGGAAGGGCAGACCCCAGUGACCACUGCACCACCUGGUGCUCGCUGGCUGACCCGGGAAGAAUUUCACACUGCAGCUGUCUCCACCGCCAUGAAAAAGGUGUUCCGUAUGUAUGAGGCCUAUCAGCCAGGGACCUGCAGGGGCUCCAAAAGGUCUCAGGUGUCUACCCCAUCUGGCCGGAAAAAGUCCAGCAGGGGCCAGCAAGUCCUGGAUAAUUACUUCCAGCCUGUUAGCAGUGCAGCCCAGUGAUGCCUCUGGAAUCCUCUUGAACCUUACCUCUGAGAAUCCUGUGGUUUAAUAAAGUGCUUAUUUUUGUAAUCAUUUGGAGAGCUUUCUACCCUCUCCCUAGCCCCUUCACGUCUCACCUCUGAGGGACCCAGAAAGUGCUGAGUCCUGACUCCCUGGAUGAGCUGCCAGGCAGCUCUGAGCAAAUGGGGCUCCAUCCAGAGGAUCUGUUUUCCCCUUUCCCCUGCAGAGUGAGGGCAGCUGCAGGGAAAACCUGCCAGGGGCUGACAUCCAACACCUUCAUUCUAGGUCUCAGGUCAGCUUUGAUUGGAGCGGUGGCUUCAAGCUAGGGCAGGUGAUUGUGAUAAUCCUGACUCAGUUUUUCCCCACCUGCAGUGGUUGCUCCCCAGGGAGAAGGGAAGCGCAGGAGGAUUUAGUCUUAAAUUCCUAUCUCAAAAACUAAAUCUUUAUUUAAAGGAUGUAUUUCAUAUGUAAUGCACCAAUACAGAAAGGCAAAGAAUUAAUAAUUAAAAUUGGUGGGG